AUGCAUCUGGGCAGUGAAGUUUCUUCAACAACCGGUCACUACGACCGCAGUUACGGAAAUUUGACAGCAGAAAUGCUCGCGGAAAGAACUAUCGACGGUCUCCUUGCUGAGCAUCCAGGAGAAUUAGUGAGAACGGGGUCUCCGCAUGUGGUUUGUACCGUUUUGCCACCUCAUUGGCGAUCCAAUAAGACUUUGCCGGUGGCUUUUAAGGUUGUGGCUUUGGGAGAUGUCGGGGAUGGGACUGUAGUGACUGUGAAAGCGGGAAAUGAUGAAAACUAUUGUGCGGAACUACGAAAUUGUACUGCUGUUAUGAAGAACCAAGUAGCCAAGUUUAACGAUUUGAGGUUCGUUGGCAGAAGUGGAAGAGGAAAAAGUUUCACCUUAACGAUAAUCGUUUCGACGUCACCGCCCCAAGUAGCAACCUACAGCAAAGCGAUCAAAGUUACAGUGGAUGGACCAAGGGAACCAAGGUCGAAGACUCGACAACAAGGAUUUCACCAUUUUCCCUUUGGACCAAGACCUUUUGGACAGGACCCUCUAACGGGAAAUUUACCCUUUAAACUGACUGGUAAGUUUAAAAUUAAUUUUUUUCUAUAUAUUCUAUCAAUAAAUAUUCCAUGA